AUGGAUAACCGCGGCUCCUUUUUCUUUUUUCUGCUAGUCUUCUACUUGCUCCUUAGCUCCCAGUCUAGACCCCCACUGGUUGAUGAAGACCGGGAACGGCAGCGCGAGCUUGAUCGCGAGCGACAUGCUCUUGGUCUGCUGAAUGGGUCGCGAUAUGGCGACUUCGAUCCAGCGACCGAGCGGUGGCUUCCGUUUGAGGGACUGAGGGGUAACGAUAGCUACGCAUGGGAUCUUUUUCCGCAGGUCAAAGAUCGUGCUCGCCACCAGUUGCAGUCCGCCAUUUCAAAUGCCGGAUUGGAAGCUCCGGCUGGUAUAGAGGACCCGGCUGUCUCGCCAACGCUAAACCUGACCAAGCUCCUCCUUCCGGUCUACCGCAACUCAACGGGAAAGCUGCGAGGUGACUGGGUACGACGGACUGCAGACCCGCCUCGCCGAACUCCUUUGAACGUUACUGCCAUCGCCGAAGAACAUGAAUACUUCACUCAUGACUUCAGUCGCAAUAUUACCGGGAAUGGAGGUACCUUCUACUUCGAUAUCGAAGAGGGAGGUGGCGAGGAGCUUCAAAUGGGCGAAGGUCUUGCAAGAGAAAUGAGGGCGAGUUUGACCGUUGAAAGUGAGGACUUCUGGGGGAGUACCUGGUACCUCUCCUUGUUCGGUAUCCACUUCCCUGAUACCGGGAGCAUUGUAAUGACUACCUCGAGCGAGAAAUUCGGGGGCAUCUUUUCGCUUCCACAUUUCAUGCUAUCCGCAGACUCAUACGGCUUGUCUCAUGAUCUUCUUCUCAAGUCGCUCUCGGACACUAUCUCGCAGAAGCAAAAUCGACCUCCGACACUGUUUCCUUGGUCUUCAUUAGCAGGAACAGAGCAAAUUGAGUUCCCUGCACCAAAAUGUGAACAUAUUGUUUAUCUACAGCAGCACCCAGUCAUGGUCGGUGACGCUGCGGCUGACCGAUUAUUACUGGAGCGCAUGGAGCAGGAGCUCAGAUACCCUAUAGGUGCUCCAAUUCCAGAUCCUCCUCUGAUGGUCAUGUCUGCCGUGGUCUUUUCCCCAGACUGUGGAUACAUACUUGAAAGCAAGGGAGCGCCUGACUUCCCUCCGACUGAUAUGCUAUAUUUGUCCGGACCCAAAACCGAAGAGUACAAUAAAUAUGCAGCUCGUCUCGUUUUUGUGGUUUCCGGUGUGUUCGUUGCACAAAUUACUCUACUUCUGCGCCAAAUCAAGGAAGCUUCGACUCCUUCCACCCGGAGUCGGGUAAGUUUCUAUACCAUUGCAUUGAUGGCGCUCGGUGAUGCGUUUGUCUUGGCAUUUAUUGUUCUGGAACUAUAUGCCGCCAUUUCAUUCUUGGUUUUGACGACUGCAUCAUUUUUGGCAUUCCUUUCUGUGAGUUACAUUGGAAUGAAGUUCAUGAUGGAGAUAUGGGCAGUGCAAGAGCCAGAAAGGCGAGAACAAGACCGUCCGUCCAACCCAACUCCCACUACACGCCCUGGAACCUUGCCUCUGCCCGCGACAGCUGCUGCAGUACGAGACUCGGGCGCUACUCCAGUGAUCUUACCCCCGGAUCAAGAUGCCCCAGAUGACGAGCCAGAAACACCUGCUCCUACCCGAACUACUCCUCCAACCGCAAGACAAAUACGCAGCGACGUAGGGGCGAUGUAUGCCAGAUUUUACUUCGCACUGUUCGGCAUGCUCAUCUUAUCAGUCUGGGCCUUCCUCCUCCCCAGACGCCUCGGCUCAAUGUACACACGCUUCCUGGCGGCAGUCUACCUCUCAUUUUGGGUCCCACAGAUCUACCGCAACGCAAUGCGAAACUGCCGCAAGGCGCUACGUUGGGACUUUGUGAUCGGUCAGAGUAUUCUACGUCUCUUCCCAUUCCUAUACUUCCUCACUGCCCGCGGAAACGUGCUCUUCAUCCGGCCCGACUGGACAAGCGCUUUCAUCAUGACAGGAUGGGUCUGGAUCCAAGCCUGGGUUCUAGCCAGUCAGGACAUUCUCGGUCCGCGCUUCUUCGUCCCGCGAGGCUGGGCGCCUCCUGCAUACGACUAUCAUCCCACACUUCGUGAUCUUUCCGGAUCGGAUGAAGAUCUCGAGGCUGGCGGUGGUAUGUUGUCUAUUGCAUCACUACGGGCUGAUGAACGAGACCUUGUCAGUGAUUUCAAGGAGGAUGAUAAUGAUAAGCAGAGGAAAGAUCGGAAAAAGGCAAUGUUCGAUUGUGCUAUUUGUAUGCAGGAUAUUGAAGUCCCUGUUCUUCCGGCGCCUUCCGCUGCUGGUGGGAGCAGUGUCGCUGAUGGGGCUUCAAGCAUCUUGAGCCGUCGUACUUACAUGGUCACCCCAUGUCGGCAUAUCUUCCACACUGCUUGUUUGGAGAGCUGGAUGAGACUACGGCUGCAGUGUCCUAUCUGUCGGGACACUAUUCCUCCUGUAUAG